AUGACGGAUAAAAAGAUUGUCCUCGUCACCGGUGGCAACACCGGCCUCGGAUUUCAAAUUAUUAGAGCCAUAAGCCGCUCAGAAAUCAACUACGAGAUUCUCCUCGCUGGUCGAUCUCUCGAAAAGGCGCAAGCUGCAGUCAAGGAGGCCAUUGCAGAGUACCCGUCUAUCAAGGGACGCAUCUCGCCAAUCCAAGUCGACAUAGAAGAUGACGCCUCCAUCGAAGCGACGUUCCAGCAGGUCAAGGCCCAGUACGGACGCCUGGACGCUCUUGUGAACAAUGCAGGGGCGCAAUUUGAUCCGUUGCUGCGGACUGGACAGAUGACGAUGCGUGAAGUCUGGAACAAGAGCUGGAACACCAACACAACGGGAACGUACAUCAUGACGCACACCUUUGUGCCACUCCUGCUUGAGUCUAGGGACCCGCGCUUACUGUUCAUAACGAGCGGCACAUCCACCAUCGCGGGCACGGGCAAUACAGCUCUGCCUGUCAAUCGCGUGCCACCCAAGGGUUGGCCCAAGGAUGGCCAGAUCAACCUUCCGGCGUACAGGAGUUCUAAGACGGGCAUGAACAUGAUGAUGAGGGAAUGGUAUCGUGUACUUCAGGAGGAUGGAGUCAAAGUGUGGGGUAUCUCUCCUGGCUUUCUGGCGACCGGUCUGGGAGGCAACCCGGAGAUGAAUAAGAAGCUUGGCGGGGCCGAUCCUGCGCUUGGUGGCGAAUUUAUCAAGGAAGUGUUGGAAGGACAGCGGGACGCAGACGUAGGUAGAGUUAUUCUCCGAGAGGGAGUGCAGCCUUGGUAA